GACCACUAUAAUUAUACAUUGACAGUGAUAUAUUUUACGAUUUUUGAUAUGGCAAAUCAUUCACGUACAAGUUAUUUUGUAUCGAAUGUGGGUAGUUAUUCCGAUUGCAUCUAUAAAAUAUCUUAAAAACAAGAAAUAUUACCAGAUAAUGUUACUUAAAUAAUAGUUCCGUACACAAAAAAAACAAAUAUCCAACAAAUUAUUAUGAGUUUGAUGCAUGUUUCUUCAUUUCAUACUGUCAAAACAUAACAAUAUACAAUACAUGAAUGACACCUGCAAGGCUGCGGUUCACAGUUUAACAACAAUUGGAACACUUCAGCCAUGGCCGAGUUGUAACGGUUGUAUAUAAGAGGUCUUUCUCGAAGCUUGCCGAAGAUGGUCAAGUUUUAAGCUUGGUACAAUUGUUGUCUGUGUCGGUCAAGUUUCGUUUUGUUGGAAAGAUGUUUUUGGCCAGAAUCAACGCCCUUGCAGAAAAAAGCCAACCAAAACUACCUUCAGACAAACACGGCUGAAAUUGAGCUGAAUUUGUGCUAUAUGCAGUUUAUCGAUCAAUACAUAGGUAAUGGAGUGUUUGCUAGGCAAGAGCUCUUGAAGGGGCAGUUUAUUCUCGAGUACAGAGGAGAACUAUGUAAACAGCAGUCUGAUGGUGAUGAAAUGUUCAAAUACCAUUUCAGACAUAACAACAAGGAAUACUGCAUCGAUGCCUCAAAAGACACGUGUCUGGCACGCAUGGUCAACGACUUGGACCGAUACACAAAGCCUAAUUGCAAAAUGGUUAAAGUUGUUGAUGACAGACAUCAACCAAGACUCUGUCUGUAUGCAACUGAAAUGAUCAGCAAAGACACUGAAUUGAGGUACGAUUAUGGUGUUGCUGAUGUACCUUGGAGAAAGCGAAAGAUGCUGUUAAAGAUGGUCAUACAGCUGCAGAUACUACAGAGGUCACAGAAACAUCUGAAGAUGCCCUCAGUGAAUCAGCAGAAGUCUUGGAACAUGCUUAUCAUGAUGCUGUAGGGAACAGUGGGACAGUUGCCCCAUCCACAGUUGUCUCUGAACAUGCUGAAGGGCCGCCUCAAGAUGCUGUUAAAGAUGGUCAUACAGCUGUAGAUACUACAGAGGUCACAGAAACAUCUGAAGAUGCCCUCAGUGAAUCAGCAGAAGUCUUGGAACAUGCUUAUCAUGAUGCUGUAGAAAUCAGAGGGAUAGUUUACCAUCCACAGUUGUCUCUGAACAUGCUGAAGGGCCGCCUCAAGCAAUGUUCAAGAUUUGACCCAGGAGCAGCUACAGGAUAUGGUUGAUCAGAGUGAGAGGCAUCUGCGGAAAAUAUUUGGAGGAUAUAUUCUCUGCGAGAGACAUAUUGCAUUCAAGCAGGAAGGAAGAAGCAAAAAUGCUGUUAAGACGAUUAUACAGUUGCAGAAACAACAGAGAUCUCGGAACCAUCUCAAGAUGCUCUUGGUGCAUCAACAGAAGAUCAGAAGUGGACCAUGCUUAUCUUGAUGCCACAGGGAACAAUGGUACAGUUGCCCCAUCCACUGUCAUCUCUGAACAUGCUGAAGGGCUGCCUGAAGCCAGGAACUUUCAGCGUUUAACAGAGGAGCAAGGCCAACUCCUAAGAAAAUGUCGAAGUGUUCAACAUUACUAUGAGACGGGAACUGAAGAUGAUAGACUGUAUUAAUUCAAUCAAAAGCCACAAGUGUUUGAAUUCUCUGAAGUGGAAUUAAAUAAAAAGCACAUUACACAGUUGGAUAACGACAGAUUGCACACUGAAACAAUAAUAAGUGUUCAAAGUGCUAGUACAUUUUGUACAUAGUGUCAAGGUGUCCAAGCAUGUCUCUGUAAGCCAAUGGUUCACUGCAUAUGAGGUUAUUUUAUAUCUUACAGUGGAUUGCAGCAAAAGGCCAGAGGAAAAUAUGUUUUGAUACUCAUCCGUAUUUUGAAGAAGAAAAAUGGGGCUGAAUGGCAUGUUUAUUUUUUUUUAUUUGACGGGCGGGCUGGGAUGAGAAUCUAAAAUAUUUUUUCUCUGGCUUAAGGCUUUAUUCUUAGUAUGUAUCUAUUAUGUCAUCAUGAUGAAGUCAUCGUUACUAUUCUACAUUGUUAAAAAUUAGAUUCAAUCAUUUUUAGAUUUCCGGAGGUUUUGAAGAGCAUAUUUUUAACAGCCAAUGGGAUCAUAAGCACAUUUCGAGUGUUACAUGACCCAGCCUUUUUAUCAAAAGUUGCUCAGAGUUCAUUUUUGUGUGUCAGAGUAAUAGGCCUUGGAAACUUCAAAAUGGCUGAAAAGGCUUGUCCAAGCACUUUAUUUUCGCUUGCACUGUUUAUCAUCUAGGUUAAUAAAUAUAAUUUCAGUUGAUUUGCAGAAAGUUUACCAGGAUAAGAAUUUGUCGAUUGUUUCUAUACAAUAAUAAUUUCAAUAAAUUAACUUUAUUUUCAAACAGUUUUGACACAAUGACCACAAUGAAUUUAUAUUUUGUCACAACUAAAACUGGGACCAAGGUCUACUGCAUUGUAAAUGAAAAAUAGAAUUUAACAAAAUGGGUUUGUCAUGUACAACACUGAUACAAUGUUCUCAGUAGUGGUGACAUUAUGUCAUAAUAAUUUUUGUCACAAAUAGAUUUUUAGAGUUGCCGAUUGUUUUAUUCAAACAGUAAUUUCUCAUUUGAAUUUUAUGGAGAAGUGUAUUUUAUACACAUUCACAGUUAAUGUGUAAUUUCAUGGUGUCAGUCAUUGGUUUGCAGUUCAUGUUACUUUGUAGUUUCUCACUUGUAUUUUGUGACAUAUUCUUGACAUGUAAAGAUGGCAAAUGUAUGUGAUGAAUGUGAGAGAUUAACAUUGUUCAUUGCACAAUGUAUUCACAUAUGUGCUUGUUAACCUCGUUCACUAUUUUAUUUCCCUCUGCAUGUAACCAAAAAUGACUUGUAUAUAAAAUGUCCAUGAUUUAUUUAAAAUUCCAUAAUCAUGGCAACUCGACUCAGUCUCUGCAAUAUUCAAGUGUAGAUCAAGGGGCAAUCCCCUGGCAUUAUUAAUUAUUAAAAUAUUUAAUUUUACUCGUUUUAAUCUUCGAAAAAAGGUGAGGGCUCGCUCCACGGCGCUUCUUGUUUGUUUGUUUUUAGAUUAUUUUUGCUCUGAAGCAAAAUGAUGACCCCCAAUUCUUUUGCUUAUAUUUUUUAAUGAAAUGUAUAAAAUACAUGUACUUCAACGUGAAAUAAAUUUGCCUUAAAAGGA